GUCAUUUGGCUGAACCGAACAAGUUUUAUAUUUAACUAUUAUUAUUAAACCUAUUCUAAUAUUUUUUACUUUUCUAGAUCUGGUCUGAACAACUUCGUGCAGAAGAGGAACAUCGACGAGAUCGACCAGACGUCGAUGCCGUUCCCGUAUGCAACCAAGCGCUUCUACCACCUGUACGGGCCCAACCACUCGCCUUUAUCGAGCUUUGACAAGAAAAGGUACCGUGCCGACUACCCCAUGGAUGAGAUCGACCUCUCGCACUUCCCCAUCGGUUCCAAAAGGUCUCAGGACGCGCUGUGGCCUCUUCGUUAAACGCCCAAAUUAAUAAUUAACAUACAACAAACGACAAAGCCAUUCAAAGAUCUACUAAUUAAGUACGUGCUACAUAAACAAAGAAUAAACAUAACUAGUAGUACAAGUCAAGUACACAACUAGUAUUCUUCAUACUCUUAUUACCACAGUUUUCAAACUGUAUCAAAUUUUCACAAAUAGGUACCUAAAAAUGUGUAAUAAGUAGAUUAGUGUUAAUAGGUAAGGAGAGAGAGGUUUAGAAUUGAUAUUUAUUUUGAUUUUAACAUAAAUGAUAUUAUAAAUAUUGUAAUUACGUAGAUAUUUGCUCGAAGUAAUGUUGACGCUAGAAUAAAAUGUAGACUAGAA